AGGCCCAUCUAGUUUAUUUGGUUCUAAAAUGUGGCAUCUUGUCCGCCACAAAUACUUUCAAAUCAUACUUUAUUUUAUUCUGUGGCUGUGACCCAUAAGCCAUAACACAGAAAAAAAUGACCACCACACAUCUCUCCGGCACCAUUAUCCGGCCCAUUUCCGGCAACUACCCUGCUCACCGGAGACUGAAACAAUCUUCAAACUCAAUCUUCUUCAUCAAACAAUCCAGAAACAGAAGUCUGGUAAAUAACAGAAGUUGCAUUAGAGUGAGUUUAGUAGAACAAAUUCCAUCAAAAUCUUCUAAAGUUGACAUUAACCGAUUGGUGGAUUUCUUGUAUGAUGAUCUUCCACACCUGUUCGAUGAUCAAGGGAUUGAUCGGACAGCUUACGACGAACAGGUCAAGUUUCUGGACCCGAUUACGAAGUAUGAUAGUAUAAGUGGAUAUUUGUUCAACAUUGGUAUGUUGAAACUGGUGUUUUCUCCUAAGUUUCAGCUCCAUUGGGUCAGACAGACAGGAACAUAUGAAAUAACUACAAGGUGGACAAUGGAAAUGACAUUCUCUCUUUUACCAUGGAAGCCAGUGUUGGUCUUCACCGGAACUUCAGUAAUGGGCGUAAACCCCGAAAACGGAAAGUUUUGCAGUCAUGUGGACUACUGGGACUCUAUAAAGAACAACGAGUACUUUUCGACAGAAGCUCUCAUGGACUUAAUAAAACAGCUGAGGAUAUACAAGACUCCUGAUCUGGAAACACCGAAAUAUCAGAUACUUAAAAGAAACGCAACUUAUGAGGUACGGAAAUACAGCCCGUUUGUAAUCGUUGAAACUCAAAGUGACAAGCUUGCUGGAAAUACAGGAUUUAACGAUGUAGCCGGGUAUAUAUUUGGAAAGAACUCAAGGGAAGAAAAAAUACCAAUGACAACUCCAGUUUUCACUCAAGCAUUUGAUCCCGAGAUGUCGAAAAUGUCGAUCCAAAUCGUUCUUCCAUCCGAAAAAGACAUAAACAGUUUGCCGGACCCUAACAAAGAAAACGUUAGUAUACGAAGCGUUCAAGGAGGAUUUGCAGCCGUAUUAAAAUUCAGCGGCAAACCAACAGAGGAUAUUGUUCGUGAAAAAGAAAAAUUACUGAGGUCUAGUGUUCUUUCUGACGGUCUCAAACCAAAAGACGGGUGUUUAUUGGCUCGCUACAAUGAUCCUGGUAGAACAAAAAGUUUUAUGAUGCGAAACGAGGUUCUUAUUUGGCUCGAGGAGUUUUCGUUGGACUAGUUUUGUUGGCUUUGAUCGAUCCUGUAUUUGACGAUUUUUGUAUGGCGUAAAGUCGAAGAUAGAAACAAUGUAAGCAUAUAAACAUCACAUGUAUUGUGAUCACAUUUUACUUGAAAAUGAAAGAAUAUUGUAAAGCUUGUUUCCAUUUAGUUAUCAAACAACAAAUCCUUGAGUGAAAA